AAAAUCUCAGCGUUUUCUCACGAAUUUCGAUUCCAAUUUCAUUUACUUUCUAGGGUUUGCAGUAAAACACAAAUCUUAAAAUGAGUUCAACAGGCGGAGCCUCCACCAAGGGCGGCAGAGGGAAGCCAAAGGCCUCGAAAUCCGUAUCCCGAUCUAGUAAGGCUGGCCUCCAAUUCCCCGUUGGCAGAAUCGCUCGAUUCCUCAAGGCCGGAAAGUACGCCGAACGUGUUGGCGCUGGUGCCCCCGUCUACCUCUCCGCCGUCCUUGAAUACCUUGCUGCUGAGGUUUUGGAGCUUGCGGGAAAUGCUGCCAGGGACAACAAGAAGAACAGGAUUGUGCCUAGGCAUAUACAACUGGCCGUAAGGAAUGAUGAAGAAUUGAGCAAGCUUCUCGGAAAUGUUACAAUUGCAAAUGGUGGGGUUUUGCCUAAUAUACAUCAGAAUUUGUUGCCGAAGAAAGCUGGAGGAAAAGACAAAGAGAUUGGGUCUGCUUCCCAAGAGUUCUAGAGUUUUUAUGUAUUAUUUUUGGCAGUUUUGAUGUUCAGAUGUUUGGUUGAUUAAAAACUUAUCUUAUUUUGCUAUAAUACACAGAACAUAUUCAUUAAUUAUAAGAGUCUAUUACUUAAACGUCAUUAA